AUGAGUUCAUCUCAACAGGAAUUUCUCUUUUUUGAUACGAUUGUGCAUGAUGGAGAAAUCGAGCAGGUUCUUCAAGUCGAUGAAAUCAAAUUCGAUCAACCAGUUUAUAUCGAUGAAAUUCGUAUUAUUCCAUCUGGUUAUAAUGUAACUGAUUUACAGAAUUCAGCAACACGUAUUGGAUCAACAAAGCCGAUGCCAUGUGAACUGGAAUUUUUCGGAAAAAAUCUCAAUGCACGAUCGAAUCGUGAUCGAGUGAAAUACCGCCGAUUAGGAAAGAGACUAUUUCGAGAUGAAAAUGACAUGAUAUAUUAUCCAAGACAUUCUAUUCCAACAGAUUCGAUGAUUAUCAAAGGAAAAUAUGAUGCUAUAACAGUAGCUGUUGUUGGUGUUCUAGCUCGUCCAAAGUCCUCACCCCCACGUCAUGAUGCACCCAGCAAUAAUAAACAAAUUGUUGACUUUUUACAAUCAGCUUUACCUCCUCCACAUCGCGCGCAUCCGAUGGAUAUGCUCUCAUUAGCUACCGUUCCACCUUCGAAUGCACCAUCAGCACCAUUCGUUGUUCAACCACAUCCACAUUCUUCAUCUGUGAUGAAUAAUGCUUCUCCGUCACCUUCAGCACAUUCCGAUGGUGUCUGGGUCGCUCCACCUGAACAACCGACGAGAACACAACCACAAGCAACGGGUAGUUUUUCGCGUCUUCAACCACAACGACCACCAUCAAAUUUCGCUGGGCCAACACAACCACGUCUAGAUGAACAUAUACAUGAUUACAGCCAUCAAACACCUCAAUCAAUUUAUCCUUCAAGUCGUCAGGAGGAUCAACAGCAAGGACCAACAAUACGUCCACAGGCGGCACCAACUUUCAGUUCCCGACCACAAACGCGUACCACUAAUUAUUCCCCGUCGGAUUAUCCUCAUGGUGAGAAAGGACACGAAGAUAUGGAUGAAAAAUUUACACGUAUACCGUCACAAUAUCGUCCUAAUCUUCCUGAUCAUAUGCCUGAUGAUUUAAAUCCACUGAUCAACAAUAGUGGUGUUCCUAUAGUUACUCCACCCUUUUCACAUUUAUCCCAUCAAAAUGCACAUUUAAACAACAACAUCAAUAAAAAAGAUGACGAUCGACUUUUCCUUCAUCCGUCCUGCAUCAAUGACAAUCAACGACGAAUGCAAGAAGCAACUAUUGCUCCUGCAAAUAAUGGCAAUACCAUCCAACAACAAAUGUCGAGUGACGGUGAUUCGUAUAUGUCCGAUGACAAUACAUCUGAAAGCGAAGAAUCAAGUGUACACGGUUUAUUCUUUAAUGAAGAUGAACAACAAGCAUUUAAACGUGAUGUAUUAUACAAUACUCGUGUUUCGACACGUUUCACUGCACUUAAGACUUUCCAUUCAACAACAAAAACACAAUAUGAAAUCGAGUGUGAAAAAGCUCAUCACGAUAAAUAUCGUCAGGCUAAUGAAGAACUUCUUCUUCACUUUCGCAAAGUCCUCUCUCAUAUUACCGUUGACCAUUGUGAUUCAACAUUUCUCGAGUCAUUAGAAACAAUUUGUACAGUAUUACCCAUUGCUUUAGCCUGCUUAGACUCCAAUGAAGAAUUAAUCUCAGCGAUCGAACGUCUCACUGAUUGGACAUUAAAAUUAAUCAAUCUUGACUAUGUUAUAGGCAAACAAGUUGCGCACCUAAAAGAUACUUUAAUUAAUAUUCGAAUUAUGAAAUGUGGCAUUCGACUAUGCGGACAUUUAAGUGUUUUAACAGAAGAACUAUCGAACAGUUGGAUUAAAACUGAUUUUCAAUCGAAAUUAUUAGAUCUGUACGAUGACGAAUACUUGGCAUCAUCUGCAAAAUUAUUGAUUAUUAAAAUCUUGGAUCAAAGCUUGUUUUUCAAAUCAAGUUUACUCUGGUUUAUCGGUCAACAUUGUGAUUUUCCUUCGGCAACACGUGAAUCACCGUACUUUCGAUUGAUACAAAAGUUACAUACUGGACAUGAGACAAAACAAUCCACUGCAUUAAUCAAUUGUUUAAUACGAAAAAUUCAUCUUAACGAAGAAUUUCUCUCUUUUCAAUCGAAAAUAAAAAUUUUAUCUUCUGAUGAAUCUCCAUGGUCGAUCAAUGAACAUCGAAUUGAUUUCGAUGAACUUCUAACAUCACUUUGCACAAUUCGCGAUGUUUUGAUCAAUUCGUCUGAUCUUCUAUCUCAAACCAAAUCAUCCCGUGUGACUCCUUUUCAGACAAUCCUUCCUGCCAUUUUCUCUAAAAUUCCUAAUCAAGAAAACUCCUGGCCGUCAAUCUUACGUCUGAUGAUCGAACAUGAAUUUCUCAAGUCAAUCACUGCUCUUAUACAUUUAUGCGUUCUGAAUCAACGUCAAGAUAUCUUCAAUAUCAUCGAGGAUAUUUUUCGCGAAUUUCUCAAUUCACUCGAUGGAUUGCUUUAUCUUGCGAAUCAAAUAUCGACACCGAAUGGUUUAUUGAAAGCUCUUUUCUUUGCAGAAACGAAAUUUGAUGGGAUUAACAACGAUCCUGUCGGUCCACAGCUGAUGUGUGCAUUUCAAAUUUUAAGUUAUGUCGACGAAUUGAAACUUUUCAGUUUAAAAGAUGAUAUAGACAUUGAUGAUAACGAUCUUUUACAAGUCCUUCAUUGUAUUCUAUCAUUGAUUCUAUUUCAUCAUUAUGUGAGAAAACUAUCGAAUAAACGGCGAAUUAUUGUUCGAGUCCUUGCUAUGGAGUCGAAUCUUGCUCCAUUGUUACAUUUUCUGGAAUUCUCAGAUGGUGAAACGUUGAAAAACAGUAUUCGAACACGAUACAUCGCUCGAAUUGUCUACGAAUUAUUUGCAACACCAGAUUCAGUGUUAUUAUUAGAGCAGUAUGGCUUGCAGCUUUUGAAUAUUUGUGAAAAACAUUCUAAUCAACGAUUAGUUCGUCUUCGGAAUUGGUUUUUACCUUUACGAAACAUUCAGUUGUUUACAUACGGAGAAGAAACAGCAGAAAAUCUGGUAAAAGAAGUCAAAAAUCAACUGAGUGAAUCCAACACUUCUGGAGAUCUCUCACCCGCUUUGAUUACUCUUCUACGCAUCAUACAACAUUUAUCCAUUCCACCUGAAAAUCAAUUUGUCGUCGGAGCAAAAAUCGAACUUAAAUAUGAUUACAUGCUCUUAAAGUUUUACAGUAAUGGAAUUUAUUCAUUAUUAAUCAAUAUUCUCGAAAAAUGCGCAGAUACAUUGUUGCGCCCAUGGCAAGCUGGUAUACCAAUAGUUAUGCACGAUCGCAUUGUUAUAUAUGGCAUACUUCUACCAGCUUUGAUCCUACUCAAAACAAUUUUACAAAAGUUAACUGUUGAUCGAAAAACUAAAUUCAUCGAUAUCACACCGAUUCCUGCACUAUUCUCUGUUUAUACUGUGACACUUUGUGCGUCAUUGUCGACUGAAUCAGCUGAUGUAGAUAUUAUACGAACAAAUUUAAUUGACGCAUUUCAUGCGUAUACUUGGUCAACUCAGUCAGAUACCGAACAAAUGAAUGUUCAAAAUUGUGCGUGGACUUGUGUGCUUCGUGAAAUUCUUCGUUUAACAAUACUUUUUCCAUAUUCAAUCACCAGUGGUGUAUGUUUAUUGACAGAACUUUUACCAAUCCCACUACCACUGACUGUUCGACAGCCAUUGACAGAAAACGAAACAAAUGUUCUUAGAGAUGAUUUCCAUCGGUAUCAUGCAGUACUUCAUUAUGUUUGGACACAUGAUACUAAUCAUAUACUCCAGAGACUUAUUCAAUCACUUUGCCAUACGUCUAAUUCAAUCAUGCAGGAAGUUAUUCGACGUUUUUGCAUGCAGUUAAUUGAUCUAGGGGCCAAAUUGGCCAAAGUUGUCAUGAAGACGUUAAUGGAUGAGCUCAUAUCAACUUGGAAAAAUGAUCACAGUGAAACAGCAAAAGCAUCGAAACAAUCAAUAAGUGAUUCUGGUCGUUUAGUAACAUUUAUUGCUUCACUUACUGCCACACGGUCAGGGAAAAGUGCACUGUUAGCACUAUUAAACUUUUCUGAUGAAAAAUACACAAAUAUCAUCCAUGAUAUGAUUAAAUACCUUCAUACAAGAGCAGAAUCAAACGAAACAUGUCUUUGUCAAGAAGCGACCAUGUCGAUCAUUCAGACAUUAUGUGAUGCAAAUCUGUCACUUUCAUCAACGAAGUCUACGGAAAAUUCUCUACAAAUGCUUGCCAAUGCUUUACCUAAUCAAGAGCUUUUGUCGGAUAUUCUAUCGAAUAUUCUUCGGUUGUUAUCAUCAACAAAACAGCAACAGACAUGGACGCAAACAACCAUGGGUAUUCGAACAAUGAUCUCACUUGCUGAACAUGACUUUGGUUUACAAAUGAUUCGAAUAGCUUUGACACAGAACAAAGAAGCAUUUUGCACGUUGAUCGCUGAAUUCGAUCUUCGAUUCGACAAAGAACAACCUGAUUAUCUUGAAGCUGUUUCAGCUACAAUGAUAUUUCUUCAACGAAUUAUGACAAUAGAACAAAUUCCCGAGUCAUCUUUUGUUCGAACGCAGUUCCUACCAGCUUCAUUCUUUUGUGAAUUACUAGCUGUUUCUGCCGAGAAUGAAAGUCAACUAGAGAAAUUCAUUGAUCUAAUCAAUGCGGUUGUUAAUGACGAUUCCUCGGGUAACGAGCAUAAACAAGCAUCAAAUGAGAAUCCCGAUGGCUUAGAACAAAAUGAAGAGGACCAACAAUGUUUACAAACAUUACAAAAAAUUCUCGAACGAGCAAAUGGAAUUAUUCAAUCACUUAAAACAAAUGGUAACGAAAAAGUAGAAUUCUCGUCAAAGAAUGAUAUUCAUCUUCCCAAAUCUGAAUCGAUUGAUAUUCAGUUUCGAAAUCGACUUAUCUAUACAGUUGUCAAUGAAUAUACGGAUGAUCAACGAAGUUCGGAAUUGUACUGGCUUGGAAUACCAUCACCGUCAUUGUUGGAUGAUGUGGAUUACGGUCAAGAUGACUCGACAACGAAUCCGGAUGAAACGAAUGAAAAAGUGAAGUGUGAUCUCGAAGAUUUUAUUGGGAAAUAUUGUGGAGCGUUCAACUUUUUUGAAGAAUAUAAAAAAGAAAUUAUCAACAAAAUCGCGAAAAAACGAAAAUCAUCUCCAAAGAAACGUGCAGUCACAGUCGAACCUGCGCCAAAUGUCGACACAUCAAUCAUCACCACAAGUAUGUCGAAAAGUCGAAUACCAUGGAGUGCACCGAUGCGCGGUAACAAUCGUCGUAAUAUCCGACCGGGUAAUGUUAAUCCACAAGCCCCGCCAAUGGGCAUGCGACGUAUCGAUCAUUUUCGUAAUCGACCAUUAAAUACAAGUCGACCACCUUCAAUGCACGUGGAUGAGUUCGAGAAACAAUUCAAUGAGAAUACCAAUGGAAAUAAUGGUGCAAGUUCAUCAUCAUCCUCGAAUAAUAAUAGUGACAAUAACAAUAAUGGAGGAAAUAAUGGCAAUGACAAUGAUUUGCUUUCGGCAAUGCAAUCGUCGAGUGAUGGAGGAUCCGAGCGGGAUCGAUGGUCUCGUCGAGGUAGUGCACCUAAUUUUCGAACUAGUUCUUCAUCUAAUCAUCGAUAUCCAUUUUCAACAAGCAAUCUUGGUUAUCCAAGUUUUAGUCUUCGCGAGCGUUUACCCUAUGGUUAUUCGCCCCCUUCACGUUAUCCUGCAUUUGAAAUGGACUUUCCACCACCUUAUUUCAUGGGGGAUGAACUUCCCGAUGAACGUCCUUAUGAUUAUUAUCCAAUGGGUAUGCCAUUCGAUCCGCUUCGGUAUCGAAGUCAUUUUGGUCGGUAUGAUUCAAGUGGAUUUCAUUGA